AUGCCAAGAAACAAAGUUAACUUCACGUUGAUUGAAGAUGAGAGUAAAAGAAUAGUCUCAUACCAGAAAAGACAAAAACGUCUCUUCAAAAAGUGUGAAGAGCUCAAAAUACUUUGUGAUGUUGAAGUGGCUGCUGUUGUCUAUGGUCCUUAUCGAAAUGAACCAUACAUAUUUCCAAAUAAUGACGCUGCACGCACCACUUUUAUAAAGUUUAAGGAGUUGUCGACAUUGGAGAAAUCCAAAAAUAUGGUGACAAUAGAAGAGUUCACCGAGCAAAGUAUCGAGAAGUUGGGGGAACAACUACAAAAAAUAAGAAAGGAAAAUAGAUUUAAGAAAAUGACAAAUGAGAUGUAUGAGGUGUUAAGUGGAAAAAAAGUUUCAGCUUACAUUCACCCUUACGAUCAGAAUGACCUGAGUCGCGUGAUCAAGAAAAACCUCAAAAAGAUUCGUGAAUUAAUGAGGAAAAUUGUUGAUGGAGAGGGUUCUAUAUCGAAUGCCUCUCAAUCCAUUGUUGAAUCAAUGGUAACUGGUAGGACCAACUAUUGA